AUGUUGAGAUUCUUUGCAUUACAUGCUGCUUUGUGCGUGUCUGUGUGUGCGGGUAUUUAUAUAGCUAAGGAAAACUGUCCCAACAAUGAGGAGUAUCUUCUGUGUGGAUCUGCCUGUCCAGCGAACUGCUCUGACCCCAGCCCUCAGUGUAAUGAUGACUGUGUGGAAGGAUGCUUCUGUUUAUCAGGAUACUUGAGAGACGGUAAUGGAACCUGCGUCAGUAGUGAUACUUGUGUAACAAAUAUAACGUGCGGUGUGAAUGAGGAAUUCCUUCCUUGUGGAUCAGCCUGUCCAGCUUCUUGCUCGGUACCAGAACCUGAGAUAUGUGGACUAACGUGCAGUAUGGGCUGCUUCUGUCGUGAAGGUUACUACCGGGAUGAGACUAGCCAAAAAUGUGUGACCUUGGAUAAAUGUCCUGCUCAAAACUGCUUCAACCAGAAUGAGGUUUACGAUCUUUGUAACGCUAAAUGUGAGCCGACUUGCUCCGAACCGGCGCCUAUAUGUUCUAAAAUUUGCAGUGCUGGCUGCAUUUGUGCCCCGGGGUACCUUAGAGGUCCAAAUGGAGAUUGUGUCAGUGUUAAUAAUUGCCCAAGUAAUGGUACUAAUACAGGGGCCUUAGCGAAGUAUCUGAACACCAUUAGCAAGAUUUUACAUCUGUCUUACGCAUAA